AUGUCCAACCAAAGACAAGCCUCAUCUGCCUCCCAAGUCCCUCACCUUUCGCCCGCCGAGCUCUCUUACCUCUACACCUCCCUCAGCCUUCCCAAGAACCCAAUCCGACCAGACGGUCGUUCUCCAACACAAUUCCGACCUCUUUCGGCCGAAACAACUAUUCUGCCCGGCACCAACGGCAGCGCGCGCAUCGGCUUCGCAGACGGCACGCAAGCGAUCGUGGGUGUCAAAGCCGAAGUUGAGAAAACCGUCCUCGCAGCUGAUACCCUCGACUCACGAUCUCUUGCACAACACGGCGAUGCGCUGAAUCGCGAAGGCGAGGAAGGCUCCGCGGCCGUAUCCGGACAGGGCGAGUGGGUUCAGAUGUCUAUUGAGAUUCCUGGAUACAGGGACGACGAUGCGCUUCCCAUUUUCCUGGGCGAGAUGAUGCGCGAGAGUCUUGUUGGUUCAGUUGAAAAUAAGGAAGAAAUGGCUGGAGGGUUGAAGGCAAGACUUGUGAUCAACAAGCGUUGGCAUUGGAGAUUGUAUAUUGAUGUUCUCCUUCUCUCUCAACCUCUCUCUUACCCCCUUCCUCUCCUCUCUCUCACGACCCAUCUUGCCCUUCUCGGCACCAAGCUUCCCAAACUCAAGUCCACGGGCGAGGAAGAUCCAUUCUUCGAUGACGAUUGGGCUGCUGCUGAAUACUUGUACCCUCGCUCAAAACCCUCUUCCGGCCCCUUCCACCCUGUUCGGCCGCCUGUGACGAUUCUCGUUGUGUCAGUUGGCGAGAACAUCAUUUUCGAUCCCAACCGCGAGGAGAUCUCAGUCGCAGAUGCCGUGCUGGCAAUCUCAAUCACCCGGAGCCAUGACUCCGACGCUUUGAAAUUGCUUUCUAUUCGCUCCAUCGAUCCCCCCUCUCGCUUGACGCAGUCUGGUAUCCCUAACUCUGAGAAUGUGAAUAUGAUCGGCUCUACUCCAGCUGAGAACCCGAGCCAGGAGGAGGUCAGUGGUGUUUGGAGACCUCGUCGAGGUGGUGUGAAGCGCUCUGUGGUCGCGCGAAUGAUCAAGACGGUGCUCGGAAAGGGAGGUGUCGGCGAGGAAGUCCUCGAAGGUCUCGAAGGUGUGGAAGUCCACUGA